AGUAGUAGGGUUAAAAAGUGUGCUUGCUAGUGUUAAGAACUACAAUAAAAAGUCAUAAUAUUGAGUGACUUUUCAUUCUGAUGAAAAUCAGAGAAAAAAAAAUUGCCUUGUUACAAUCUUAGGGCCGUAUUUUGUCUAGAUCCGGUCCUGUACAAAAUAGACCUGUUACAAGACGUCUUGCUCACAUCAAGGACGACAAUACGCCGAUCUCACCAAAUAAAGAGAAGCGAAAUUACUCUGUGUUACAAUUGUUCCUAACAUUUCAGUAUCGAUCACAAAUAAAAAAACAAAAUGCCAAAUCAGAGUGUUAACACUAAUGGGAUUGCAGGUAGAUCACAGAGCUUUGAUUUCAAUCUUAAUAGUUUCAAGAUAUCAGUAAAUUUUGGAUUUUUGGUGGAGAAUCCAUUGACAUCUCUUCCAACCUACUUCAAUCCCUGGAAUACAUUAGCUGAACAAUUACCUGAAUUGUACAAAGCAAAGAGAGUCAGAGAAGCUGUUCAUGAGUUACCUUUAUUAGACUACAACCAACUGUCUGGUCACAGGCAGCUCAGAUUGGCCCAUCUACAGCUCAGUUUUAUUACUGCUGGCUAUGUGUGGCAAAAUGGGGAAGCUGGCAUUCCAAAAUCACUUCCAAAAAGCUUGGCAGUCCCUUUCUAUCGUAUAUCUGAGCUCCUCGGGAUGCAGCCAGUUUUAUGCCAUGCAGGUCUUGCCCUCGCCAACUGGAGACUGAAAGAUCCUAAUGGAGCUUUUGAUUUUGAAAAUCUACAGUGUAUUUACCAUCUACCUGGAGGAUAUGAUGGUGAUUGGUUUUGUAUCAUUCCCUUCAUGGUAGAAUUCAAUUUUGCUAAAUGUUUAAAGAAUUUUGUUGAGAUUUUGAAUCUGCUAAAUGUUGCUGAGGUAUCAAAUGCAAGAGAUGCAGCUUUGACUGACAUAGAGAAUAGGGUAGCCUUGCAGCUAGAUGAAAUCAACAAAGUUAUUCAGAUGAUGACUAAAUCACUGACCAGAAUGCAUGAUCAUUUGGAUGCUAAAACCUUUUUCAAUGAAGUUCGUCCAUUCUUAGCAGGGUGGGGUGGAGAAGGAACUCCACUGCCAGAUGGACUUGUCUAUGAAGGCAUCUCAACUACACCCAUCAAAAUGCUGGGAGAUAGUGCUGCUCAAAGUUCAACCAAUCAAGCAUUAGAUGGCCUGCUAGGAGUGGAGCAUAAAAAAAGUCAAAGAGAUGUACUGGUGAAGAUGAGAAAUUACAUGCCACCUGAACACAAAAGAUUUGUUGAAUAUUUAGAAAACAGACCUUAUGGUUUGAGAAAUCUAGUUGAAUCAAGUACCAAUGAUGUCCUGAAGUCAUCUUACAAUAACUGCAUUACUGCUUUAGUUCAAAUGAGAACAUACCACAUCCAAAUAGUCUCCAAAUAUAUUAUUGUAGCAUCGAAGGGGAUGAAUGAAGGCAAUUACAAAAGUUUAGACUCUAAAGGAACUGGUGGAACAAGUGUAAUGCCAUUCCUUAAAGAUGUUAGAGCAGACACAGAAACCAAAAUGAUUGGUUCAAGGCAAUCUAAAAAGUCAUGGUUAACUAUAGGUGCAGUUACUGCAGUAGGAGUUGCAGUCAUUUUUGGAGCUGUGCGAUUUUUUAAACAAAAGUAAGGAUCUCAAUCAAAUCUGAAAGUGAUAAUAUAUAUUGAAUCUUGGGCAGUCAUUUGUUAUGUUUAAGGAAAUAGUGUUGUUUAUUGUAGUGUUGCUGUAAUUUAUUGUGAUGUUGUUAUAAUAUAUCUGUAUGCUUACAGUAUUAGAGUUGGCCAUAAUAUAUUGGGAUAUAUUUUUUUACACACAAACUUGUGUUAGAAUUAGAGGCUAAAGUCAGGUCUUAUUUUUUUUUUUUAAUUUGCCAAAAUCUUGAAAGUUUUCUAUUGUAAUCAGGUUCAGUGACAAUUAUUUUAUUUUUGUUGCAAUGAUUGAAGGAUUAUUCAUUUUGGUAUUUGUUGAUGCAGACCUAGUCACUAUUGAUAAAGCUUUAAAGAAAUCUUUCUGUAAAUAUAUAUUUUUUUAAAUAAUUAUUUUUGAGAUAAUUAGUCCCAGCUACCUGACUACUGUCAUGCUUAAUCUAGUCUCAAGAAUAUGGUUAAUUGUAUGCGGUCUUUGCCUUACCUAUUCUUUAAAUUUACUUUCAUUGAUUCUUAUUUUUUAAAUGUAAUCUCUCUUUGUUGUUUAUCCCAGGAGGUAGAAAAUUGUAAACUUUACUUCUGGUGCGUUUUCCUAAAUUUAAAUUGUCAAUCUAGUUAAUUAUGUUGUUCAGUUUUGUAGAGCAUUUUAAGUUUGCAGCUUUCUUUUUCAACACAGAGACAAAAAAAAAAACAAAGAUUUUUUUUCCCAUUUUCCAUGUUAUUUAAAUAGCUCACCAUUACAGCACUGCAUUUUAAGGUCUAUUACAAAUAAACACAAAAAAAACAACCUGUCCUUGAAAAGAUAUUUUAAUUUUGCAACCUUUUAUCAGCAUUUUUGUAUCACAUGACUUCUGCUUGACUAUAUUAUAUAUAGGAUCUUUUAAUUAACUUUCUUGUACGUUUUGAUAAAUGAUGAUGUUUUGUACAUUAAGUUUAUACCUAUGCUUUACAUUAGGAUUAUACCAGAGUUUUACAUUUAGUGAUUAACAUUUGGAUUAUUCUAGUGUUUUACAUUUAGAUUAUACCAGUGUUUUACAUUAGAAUUAUAUCAGUGCUUUACAUUAAGUAUAUACCAAUCAUUUACCAAAAGAUUAUACCAGUGCUUUACAUUAAGAUUAUAAUUAUAUUUAAUAUUUUUACAAUAUUAUUGACCUGUUUAUGCGAUUGGAGCAAAUAAUUUCUUUAAUAAUAAUACACCUGAUUAAAAGUGAAA